AUGCCAAAAAUUAGCUCUAAGCUUUUGCGAUAUAUCGCAGCAGCAGCAAUACUAAUUUUUUUUUUUCAGUACACUCAAGUUAAUAGAAUACCGGGAAACAACGAUAAACAUGUCGAGCAGUUAGAAAAACAGCGGCCCAAUCUUCAAUUAGAGAAUGAUGUUGCCGAACAACAGAAAAAAAUAUCUUACGUAAAAGCAAAUGCUACAUUUAUUAGUUUGGCCAGAAACAGAGACUUGUACAACUUGGUCAAUUCAAUUCGUUUGAUUGAAGAUAGAUUUAAUCAUCAGUUUCAUUACGAUUGGGUUUUUUUAAAUGAUGAGGACUUCACACCUGAGUUUAUCGAAGUUACGACAAAUUUUGUUUCUGGAAAAACUCACUAUGGAAAAAUUCCUAAAGAGCAUUGGAGUAUUCCUUCAUCGAUUGAUUUGAACAAGGCAAAAACGUCAUGGGAACAAAUGCAAGAUCAAGGAGUUUUAUAUGGAGGUUCAGAAUCAUAUCGGCACAUGUGUCGAUAUGAAUCUGGGUUUUUUUGGAGACAUCCUAUUUUAGAUCAAUUUAAAUACUAUUGGCGUAUUGAGCCUGAUGUCACAUUUUAUUGUGAUAUUCCUUACGACGUUUUUCAGUUUAUGACUGAUAAUAAAUAUGCUUAUGGUUUUACAACAUCUUUACAUGAAUAUCCUGCUACUAUUAAAACGUUAUGGAAUACAACACGCGAAUUUAUCGGUAAACAUCCUGAGUACUUGGCUAAAAAUAACAUGCUUGAGUUUGUCUCUUGGGAUUUUGGUGAAAAUUACAAUUAUUGUCAUUUUUGGUCAAAUUUCGAGAUUGGUGACAUGGACUUUUGGCGCAGUGAGGCUUACCGAAAAUAUUUCGAAUAUCUAGAUAAUUCAGGUGGAUUUUUUUAUGAAAGAUGGGGUGAUGCACCUGUUCAUUCUAUUGCUGCUGCUUUAUUUUUGAAUAAAUCACAAAUUCAUCAUUUUGAUGACAUUGGAUAUAAACACAUGCCAUUUGUCAGUUGCCCUACGGAUCCCGAAAUUCACAAAAAAAGGAAUUGUGGGUGCAAUCCAGAAGAAAAUUUUACGUGGAAAAGAUUUUCAUGCACUUCUGAUUUUUAUCUUAUGCAAGAAAAACCCAUUCCAGCUCAAUCAUGGCUUCAUAGGAAGAAAGUUGUUGGAGAAGCUUUAAGAACUGGUGGAAAACAGUUAUCUCCGGAACGUGAGAAGGAGGUCGUUGAUCAGUCUAAUAAAGAAUUACUAGAUUAUUACAGAACUCACAAAGAGCUUCCUCCAGAAAUGAAACCUAAGCUCUCAGGUUUAGCUUUAGACUAA